ACUAUGCGCACCCCCAACUGAAGCUGUGCCGGCUUCCCUGGAGCACUUGAACGGCUAGGAGUUCCUCCCAGCACUGCUCAGGACCCCUCCGGACCCCCCUUGAACCCCUAAGCGCCACGUCCCGAGCGCUGCCACUUGGCACACUGGAGCGCACGGCUCGCCAAGCCAUGGAGAGGAUCCCCAGCGCGCAGCCACCACCCCCUGCCUGCCUGCCCAAAGCUCCCGGACUGGAACCCUCAGAUCUACCUGGAAUGGAUUUUGCCCACAUGUACCAGGUGUACAAGACGAGGCGAGGCAUCAAGAGAAGUGAGGACAGCAAGGAGACUUACAAACUGCCUCACCGGCUCAUUGAGAAAAAGAGACGCGACCGUAUUAACGAGUGCAUCGCUCAGCUCAAAGACCUUCUGCCCGAGCACCUCAAACUUACAACUUUGGGCCACCUGGAGAAGGCUGUGGUUCUGGAACUUACCUUGAAGCAUGUGAAGGCUCUGACCAACCUGAUCGAUCAGCAACAGCAGAAAAUUAUUGCCCUGCAGAGCGGCUUGCAGGCUGGGGAGCUGUCCGGAAGAAACAUGGAAGCUGGACAGGAGAUGUUCUGUUCUGGUUUCCAGACGUGCGCCCGAGAGGUCUUGCAAUACCUGGCCAAGCAUGACAAUGCCCGGGACCUGAAGUCAUCUCAGCUGGUCACCCAUCUGCAUCGCAUGGUCUCUGAGCUGCUGCAAGGUGGCACCUCUCGAAAGUUGGCCGAUGCCACUCCCAAAAGCCUGGACUUUAAGGAGAAGACCAGCUCUCUGACCAGGAGUGCCCAGGGCCCUGGCAAGAACUGUGUACCUGUCAUCCAACGGACUUUUGCCCCCUCGGGUGGGGAGCAGAGUGGCAGCGACACAGACACUGACAGUGGCUAUGGAGGCGAAUCUGAGAAGGGCGAGCUGAGGCCUGAGCCGUCCUACUGCAGAGGGGAUCACGGAUGCAGGCUGCCUGUAGGCGAACAGUUUGGGGGUAUCAAGCAGGAAUCCGAAGAACCACCCACGAAAAAGAGCCGCUUGCAGCUCUCAGAAGAAGAAAACCCUCUUGCCGCUGCCACCACCAGCGACCUGCUCAGCUACCCCUUCCUGGGCCCACACCCCCAUCAGCCUCCCUUCUGUCUGCCCUUCUAUCUUAUCCCCCCUUCGGCGACUGCCUACUUGCCCAUGCUGGAAAAGUGCUGGUACCCCACUUCUGUCCCUGUGCUGUACCCGGGCCUCAACGCCUCUGCCGCUGCCCUCACCAGCUUCAUGAGCCCCGACAAGCUCUCCUCACCCCUGCUCAUGCCCCAAAGACUUCCCUCCCCAGUGCCAACCCACCCGGCCCUCGACUCUUCUGCCCUGCUCCAGGCUCUGAAGCAGAUCCCCCCCUUAAACUUAGAAACCAAAGACUAAACUCUCCAGGGGCCUAGCUGCCACACUUUCUUCCUCCCAACUUCCAGAAAAGAAAAAAAAAAAUCAAAAACUGUGAGUGUGAUGACAUGAUGUGUUGUGUGGCCCAGAGGCCCUAUAGGGUGGGGAAGGCUCUUGGGGCCUGUGUGUGGGUGGGAGGCGGCUGGUGAAGGGCAGGAAAAGUCUUUGACAGGGGGGAGGAAGUGGAGGAUUGGCUGAAUCAGCCUUGACAACCGGGAGAUGACCCCCUGGGCUUUUCCCCACCCCAGACAAGCCCUGUGAUACCAAUCAGCUGGAUAUUCUAGAGCGUUCAGCCUCCUGGUUUGACUCAGUCCUCCUUCACUUAGGGAGCUGGGUUUGUGGCUUUGAGUUCAAGGUACUUUCUUCCAGGCUGCAAGCUUUGGCCUCCACCCUUGACUGUCUGCCUGACUCACGCCAGGCAGAGCACAGCUGCCCACCUCCCUUGCGGCCUGCAGGGGUACCGUACACCGGCAGGCACAGCGGUGGUUUGGGGGGGGGGGGAACAUUUCCCAUGUCUGUGCCCCACCCCUUGCUGUAGACUAACCCAGAGAAUGUAGUUCCUAACUCAGGCCUUGUAGCAUUGGCUUCCUGCAGAAUGAAGCCUGUUGCCUGCCCACCUGCUGCUGUUGCUGCCUGGGGUACCUGGGUCUCUGGCAUCCCUGGCAGGUCUUAUCUGGCUGUGUGCAGGGGUACCCAGCGCCCUGAAGAUAUCCCGCUACUCCCUAGAUUCCUUCAGCACACAGAGCUAGAACGGGCUCUGAGAUCUCAAAUCAAGACUUUGAACCCAACUUAGCAUCUUGAGGGGCCUCCCAGGCCCACAGCCCAGAGAUCCAGGUGGUUCCUAGCAGCUUCCCUGCCUCUUUGGAGAGCCUGGAGCUGACUUGAGCACACUUGUCCGUCCUUCCCUUUCUCUCAUUCCCUGCCUUCCCCCCUGCACCAGCUUUCAAAAAAAAAAAGAAAAAGAAAAUGCACUAUGCUUGAUCGCCGCCGACCGUGUUUUUAACUCUUGUCCUAUCCUGUGUUUAUUUUUUUGGUAUCAAGUUGCCUUUAUUUGUAAAACUUGUUCAUAAAGAUAUAUUAUAUAAAUAUAUGAGAGAGGAAAACAGAUGUUUAUUUGUAUAAUUACUUGAGCUACAAAGUGAGAAAAACAUAUGAAUGUAUUCCUGUUUUUGAUGACAAGCAUUUUUUUUUUCUCCAGGGAGAGGUACAGUGUUUAUAUUUUGGAACCUUCCAGAAGGUGUGAAAUUGUAAAUAUUUUUAUCGAUGAGUCAAUGUUAAGUAGUUGUUUAAAAAAGACUGAAUAAAAAUCAUCCUUUUUUCCUGUGGAAGAGAA